AUGAAACAUGAAGAAAAUUCCCAUUGUGCUCCACAAUUAUUGCUAAGCAUAAUGAGACAAAACUUCUGGCCGAUUAAAGGAAAGAUUAUGGCGCGAAACAUUGUUCACAGCUGUGUCAUCUGUUCAAAGGCAAAACCAAAACUGAUGGACCAACUCAUGGGCAACUUACCGACUGAUCGAGUUACUCUGACUAAAUCGUUUUUUACCACAGGAGUUGAUUACUGUGGCCCGAUAUGGAUUCAUUAUAAAAUUAGAGGAAAAAGGCCAACAAAGGCAUAUUUAGCAGUAUUUUGCUGUUUCGCGACUAAGGCUGUUCACCUAGAAGUGGUGAGUGACCUGACAACAGAGGCAUUCAUAGCCGCUAUUCAACGUUUUAUCAGCAGAAGAGGAAGAUGCCUAACAAUUUAUAGUGACAAUGCGACUAACUUUGUUGGGGCGAGAAACCAACUACAAGAGCUCCAGUCUACCAUUUAUUCAGAAAAUGGUAAAGAAAAGAUCAUUAAGACCAGUAGUAACAAGGGAAUUGAUUUCAAAUUCAUUCCACCAAGAGCUCCUCAUUUUGGAGGACUCUGGGAAGCUGCCGUCAAGUCAGCUAAACAUUUAAUGAUUAAAGGAAUUUUCAACGCUUCAUUGACUUAUGAAGAAUUGACAACAGUCAUAACUGAAAUAGAAGCCAUGUUAAAUUCAAGGCCAAUAACAAAAAUGUCAUCCGAUCCAAAUGAUCUAACAGCGCUUACACCAGGACACUUUCUCAUAGGCGAACCACCUACCACUAAUGUAGAUCCUUAUCAAAAGGAGAGCCGAAUGAGUUUAUCAUCACGAUGGCGUUUAGUUUCUGAACUCAAACAAGAAUUCUGGAGAAGAUGGUCAAAGGAAUAUCUCAAUGAACUCCAAUCGAGGUACAAAUGGAAACAACAAAAGGCAAAUCUAUGCCAAGGUGAUUUAGUCAUUAUUAAAGAUGAUAAUCUACCCAUGUACAAAUGGCCUCUUGGCAGGGUGCAACAGGUGUAUGAAGGAGAAGAUGGUUUGGUCCGUGUAGCUGACAUAAAAACAGCCAAUGGGAUUUUUAAACGACCAUUACGAUCAUUGGCCCCCCUACCCACUGAAGGCAGCAUUAAUCAAAAUCCAACAAAACAAAAUUCUACUGUCACACAAACAAGACGAACGAAUGAACCUAGUGAAGCGUUGAAAGCGUCGAAAGAUAUAUGA